GCUCUCUUCUCGCUCCUCCUUGCCGCUGCGCGUACUGCCGCCUCGCCAUCACCAUACGACUUCAAAGAUAACUACAACGACCCUGCACCAAGUCCAGACGACGGUCCCCCGGCGUCGUUUUACGCCGAGAGGAACGAGCAGAGACUGCCGUACGAGAUUUGCGGUCUUGUCGGCGGCUACGUUUUCACAGUAUUGAUCUGGGGCAUCCUGCUCCUCACCAUCGGGAGAAGGAUGAGACGCAGAGCAUUGGAGCCGCCGCCAGCGCUGGAGCUCGAACAGGAAUUGAAGCCCAUGAAACCGCCCAUGGAAUUGAAGCCCAUGAAACCGCCCAUGGAGACACCCAUCAGCCCGAGCUCGAUGCGCUCGCCCACCAGCUGGAUGCGCAAGUUCAAAAAGGACCCCGAGUCGCUUUCUGGAAGCACGCCCGUCAGCCCAGUCGUCCAGAGCCCGACGUCAUUCGAUCAAAAGGUGCUGGACGCCGACAGAGUGCGUGCGCAGGACGACAUGGAGCGGCUCUACGCUGCUGUGAUGGACCAUGACGCGAAGAAACACUCGCGGCAGACAAGCCGGGCCACUGUUGAAGAGUCGCCGCCACGGCCAGCGAUCAGAAAUGAGUCCCGGAGACCGUCAGCCAUCAGCACUACAAACCGCGCGCCAACCGACAGCAGUCCCACGUCGCCCAUCAGAGCCAUCUACCCUCCUGACUACAGCAACAGCAUGACUGCACCUGCUGUGCCAUACCCACGCACCAGCAGCCUCCGCGCCGAACAACCGCCCCCAUCACCGCGGUCCAUUCUCUCGAAACCAGUCUCCCGCUUGUCAAGCGCAAGCAAGCGCGACGACAAGUCUGCUCGCUUCAACCUCAAGAACCUCCGCAUCAGCGGCCCAAUGCAAAGCUACGGCGGCGCUGCCGCAGACGACGAAGCCCGCACCCCCCUCUCACCGCGCUUCUACCUGGACCCAGGCGCGCCGCCCUCGCCCCCAACCCAGCCCACGUCGCCCUCAACCCCGUACUCGCCCACGGAGCCCGCGGAGAUCUCGCGCGCACACAGCCUCCGCAUCCCGCUCCCCUCGCCCGCGCCGCAGCGCGGACCCGGCCUCACCAUCGCCCCGCCCCCAGCGCCCAGGAUCAACAUCUCGCGCUCCCCAACCAUGACGCCAACCAAGCACCUCCCCUUCCGCGCCUACCAGACCGACGCCCCGCUGCCGUCCCCGGGCAUCCAGACCACCGUGCUCGACCGCCGCCCGGAUAAGCUGGCCCUGCAGACGCCCCGCACGGGGGUGCCGUUUACUCCGUAUAGUCCGUACAUGCCGUUCACGCCCAUCACGCCUGUGACGCCGCAUCUGGUGACCAAGAAGGAGAGGAAGGGAAGGCGCAGGGAGGGCGAGAGGUUGGGUAGGCUCGAUGAGAUGGUUAAGAGUCCCCAGGAUAUGUUUGGGGAUGCUUAUUAG